AAUAUUUCCCUCUGGAGGAGUGGUGGAGGGAAGCCUUAUAUAUACAUCACAUUGUCACUUGUUGAUAUCAUUUGGCUUCCGAUUCUACUUCUAUGCCAGCGCUUUCUUCUGGAAAAGCGGAGGAAAACAGUUAGGUUCCAAUCUUCUGUUCAACAUAUUCAACAGUAUACUUUCGUGGUUUCAAAAAAGGAUUGUUCAAUUAGGUGACACUUAGAUUUUCGAAAUGGACGCUAAAGAAUUCAGAGUAAGGGGAAAGGAGAUGGUCGAUUAUAUAGCCGACUACUUGGAGAACAUCCGAGAUCGAAAAGUAUUUCCGAACAAAAAGCCAGGGUUUUUGAAAAAACAGAUACCAGACAGUGCCCCUGUGGAACCCCAAACUUGGAUCGAGAUCUUCGAAGAUGUAGAAACCAUUAUAAUGCCUGGUGUUACACACUGGCAGAGCCCUCAUAUGCACGCAUACUUUCCUGCCCUCAACAGUUACCCCUCAAUUUUGGGGGAGAUGCUUUCUGAUGCAAUCAACAGUCUAGGAUUUACAUGGGCUUCUAGUCCAGCUUGCACUGAACUCGAAAUGGUUGUGAUGAACUGGUUAGCGAAAAUGAUUGGUUUACCCGAGCAUUUUCUUCACAAAACAACAGGACAGACUGGUGGUGGUGUAAUACAGAGCACAGCUAGCGAAGCAACAUUGGUAUGCCUUCUUGCUGGUAGAACAAGAGCCCUUAAACAUUACAGAGCAUUAUACCCUGAAGAAACGAAUAUAACCAACAGACUAGUUGCAUACUGCUCAGACCAAGCACAUUCAAGCGUCGAAAAAGCUGCACUUAUAGGUUUAGUCAACAUUAGAUUUAUAGAAAGUGAUGAUCAGUUAUCGAUGAGAGGAACUGCUCUUCAAGAAGCCAUCACCAACGAUAGAAAAUCUGGUCUACUACCAUUCUUUGUUUGUGCAACGUUGGGAACAACAGGGGCUUGCGCUUUUGAUAAUUUAGAAGAAGUUGGAGAGGUUUGCCAAAAGGAAAAACUUUGGCUUCACAUAGACGCGGCAUAUGCAGGGUCAGCUUUAAUAUGUCCAGAAUUUAGGAAAUGGCUGAAAGGUGUAGAAUAUGCAGAUUCUUUAGCUUUUAAUCCAUCUAAAUGGCUCAUGAUCAAUUUCGAAUGUACAGCUAUGUGGGUCAAAGAUUCCAUCGCUCUACAUGAAACCUUCAACGUAGAUCCUCUCUAUUUACAACAUGAGUAUUCAGGUUUAGCUAUAGAUUUUAUGCAUUGGCAAAUACCACUGAGUAAAAAAUUCAGAGCGUUAAAAUUAUGGUUUGUGAUUAGGAAUUAUGGAAUAAGUGGUCUCCAAAAACAUAUAAGACAUGGUGUAUCUCUCGCAAAAAAAAUCGAAAAUUUCAUCAGAGCAGAUCCACGUUUCGAAAUACCAGCUGAAAGGCAUUUGGGGAUGGUGGUGUUUAGGCUAGUUGGUGACAAUCAAAUCACUGAACUCUUAUGGAAGAGACUGAACUCGCGACGCAACAUCCAUUUAGUACCAGCGUCCAUCAAGGGCAAAUAUGUGAUAAGAUUUACAGUGACGUCUCCAAGAACAACUGAGGAAGAUAUCAUAAGAGACUGGAAGGAAAUCGAUACAGUGGCCACAGAUGUUCUUGGGGAGUUGGACGAGACGAAGAAACCAAAGGUUCCACUUGGAGAUACCAAGACCAAGAACGAAAACUUUGGAACUAGCCUACUCCUUGCUAACUCCCCAAUGUCGCCAAAAAUAGUAAAUGGCAGCUUCGCAGCUAUCUAUGACCAAAAGGACGUCUUGGAGCAAUUUUCCAGGACUAUCAAGUUGCGUCAGAACGCUCAAGACAGUCCAGCAAUGAGGAGAAGGAUCAAGGGGAUAUUGAUGUCUGGAAAGCAGUUCUCUUUAGAUUCCCGCCUAGAUCUUUUUCACGGACUUGAACCUCCCACCAACAGAUAUUCUAUGGCAGAUGAAGCUCCUCUAUUGGAAGAUGAAGAGAAUACGUCAGGUCAUUCUGAUAGUAGCGGUGGAAAACUGUCUCCCAACCACAAUGGCUUACUAGAGGUUCCGUAUCAGCGGAGACAUCGAUCUAAAUCAGUUGAUCAUCACUACACUUGCGGAGACAAUGAUACAACAACGAAGACAAAAAUUUGUAGAAAAUGUGGUCAUGACAUGGAUUAAUCAGUUUUCGUUGUAAACCUUCAAAAAUAUUUAUUCGCACUAUUUUCAGUUAUGUUGUAAAUUUGGAAAAUAUUAUCAUAUUCGUAUAUCUCGAUUGUCUUCUUCUUACUAAAAAAAAAAAUCAAUUUGAGGAGUACUUAUAUCUGACAGACUGAUGGAAAAUGUGAUUAUUGGUCGAAAAAGGAAAAUCGUUUCAAUUCUAAGAUAAUUCAUUGAUCAAGCUGUUUUUGCAUGUUAUGAGGUGGAAAUUUGCCAAAAUUGGCAAAUAUCAAUAUACACAGAGAUGCACAUAUAUUCAGUUAAUAAGUUUAUAGAUGAAAUAAGGAUAUUUCAGUAGAUUUCAUUUUUUUUUCAAGAAAAAAAGAUUUAUAGAUUAAAAUAUAAAACGUCGUUCUUCUAUUUCGUUAUUUUUUAACUGGAUUGUUAGUUAACUUUCAACUGAGUCUCAGAAUUGAUCGAAAAUUAUUAUUUGUCAAGAAUUGUCAAUUAUCUUUAGAUAUUUUGAUAAAAUAUUUCAGUCUGAUUGUUUUUCGAAAAUGAAAAAUUAUAAUCAGAAUGGUUCAUCUUGAGAUAUUUAAUCAAAUUUUUGGCUGGUCUGGAGAUGAAUGAAAAACUCUUGUUUUUUUUUCAAUAGUCUAAUGAUAUUUUGAUCGAAUAAUCACAUAGGAAUAAUAAAAUUUUUGAAUAGGGUCAGUUCAGUAUUGAAUAAUUAUAAUUAGGAAUUGAGAAAAGUGUAAAUGUAUAAUAUAUUGCCUCUUGUAAGUUCGUAUUCACUGCUGUGGAAUUCAAUAAACCGAAGAAAUAUGUGAAAUAAUAAAUGAAAUUCAUUGCACUGA